CAAAAACAUCAAUCAAAAUUCAGCUGUAUAGUGAGUACAAAACGUCAUUCUGCGAAAAAAAUGGGUAAGGAUUAUUACUCCAUAUUAGGUAUAUCCAAAAACGCAAGUGAUGACGAGAUAAAGAAAGCUUAUCGCAAAUUGGCGCUUCAAUAUCAUCCCGACAAAAAUAAAUCCCCGAAAGCUGAAGAUAAAUUCAAAGAAGUAGCUGAAGCUUACGAGGUCCUUUCAGAUAAGAAGAAAAGAGACAUUUACGAUAACUACGGCGAGGAUGGACUUAAGGGAGGCGCGGGGCCCCAUGGCAACACCGGGUUUACUUACACUUUCCAUGGAGAUCCAAGGGCCACUUUCGCUCAAUUCUUUGGCAACACAAAUCCGUUUCAGAGUUUCUUUGGUUAUGACGAUGCCUUUGACAGCGAUAUAAAUGAGUCGACAUUUAUCUUCGGAUUUCCCGGAUCUCAAAACCACGUUGGGCCACAUAGGGAUAUGAUGAGUCAAGACCCUCCUGUAGAGCAUGAAAUUUAUUUGACGCUGGAGGAGGUUUUCCACGGAUGUGUGAAAAAGAUGAAAAUCCAGAAGAAAGUCCUACUUCCGAGUGGUAAGCUAGCCCGGGAAGAAAAAAUGCUGGAGAUAAAUGUUCAACCAGGUUGGAAGGCUGGUACAAAAAUAACCUUUCCAAAGGAAGGAGACCAAGGAGUUAACAAAAUACCUGCUGAUAUAGUGUUCAUUAUAAGGGAUAAAACGCACGGUACUUUCAAAAGAGAAGGUAGUGACCUAAGGUACACAGCCAAGAUUUCCCUAAAACAAGCUUUGUGCGGUUGCAUCGUGAAUGUUCCAUUAAUAAGUGGUGGUCAAGAAGCCCUUAACUAUAAGGGUGAUAUCAUAAAGCCACAAACUGUCAGACGAAUUGCUGGCAAAGGUCUCCCUUUCCCCAAGGAACCUUCCAGAAGGGGGGAUUUAAUUGUUACAUUUGAUAUUCGUUUCCCCGAUGUUAUUUCAACAACAGUACGAAAAUACUUAGAAGAAAAAUUACCAUCCUAAAAUAAAAAAAAUUUCAUAUUG